AUGGAUGAAAAUCGGGCUACAGCAGGAAAUUCGCUAGCUACGGGCUUGGACGACCUUGCUUCUUAUCUCGAAAAAAGCUCUCAUGUCGUCCUAGAGUAUACUGACAUCAUCGAGCACAGGUAUGCACGUCCGGCAUUAGACAAAUUAUCCAGAUACUUCCAGGAUCAGCCGUUGACAGUGACUUGGCUCACGACGACUCUCACUCUCUUCGCUGUUAUGAGUAUCCUGCCGGUUCUGUCAUUCAUAGGCCUAUCGAUCUUCGCGGUGUGCAGCUCCAUGUCCAUUGCGCUUACGUUCGGAUUCGUGGCUGUCGUCGCAUUCGAAACCAUGUUCGCCACAUUUCUCCUCUUGGUACUAGGAGGACUACUGCUCUUCUCUUUCGUCUUCACCACAUUCGGCGUGAUGGCAUAUCUCACCUUCCGUCUCGGCCAACACCUCCAAUUACAAGGGCACUUUGGAAUAGCAGAAUGGGCUCAAGAAACAAAGCAACAUUUCACUUUCGUUAGUGUGAAACCUGAAGACAACGACGAUUCAGACGGGUCUGGCGUAUUUGUUGCACGUGAGGCUAACGACAAAGUGAAAAGUGAAGACGGGUCUCCCUCACGCUCCGUGAUGGUAUCCCCCUGCUCAAAUUGA